AUGGAUUUCCCAUGGAAACGGGUGACGGCGGUUGCUGCCGUCGCCGCAUACGUCGCCACUUCGACGCUUAAACAGGCAUGGUCACGAUCAACCUUCACCAACUACUUCGCCGUCAGCUGGCUACUGAGCUUCCUCUGCUGGGCGUCGUGGACCGUCAUCCUCUAUCCCAAAUGCUUCUCGCCUCUAUUAGGCUUGCCUGAACCACCGAAUCCAUCAUGGAUCAAUGGACAAUACGCAAAGAUUCGGGAACUUCCAACGGGUGUCCCGAUGCUCGACUGGGUCAACUCCGUGCCCAACAAUGGCAUGAUCCGCUAUCUGGGCUUGCUCAACCAGGAGCGCCUCCUGCUCACCUCACCUAAGGCCCUGGCUGAGGUGCUCGUCACCAAGAACUACGACUUUGCGAAGCCCGGCAUGGUGCGGUACUCAAUCGGCCGCAUCCUGGGCGUCGGCGUCCUCCUGGCCGAGGGCGAGGAGCACAAAUUCCAGCGCAAAAACCUCAUGCCCGCGUUUGCAUUCCGCCACACUAAGGACUUGUAUCCCGUAUUCUGGGACAAGGCGCGCGAAGGUGUCCAGGCCAUGACGGAGCAGAUCCUCGUUGAUGCGGCCAAGGAACCAGCUUCUCCGGCCUCUCAGGACCCAGAAAAGGCAGCGAGCGAGAAGGCGGGCAGAGCCAAAGUAGCAAUACUCGAGGUUGGAGGAUGGGCUUCGCGGAUCACCCUCGACAUCAUCGGCCUCGCUGGUCUGGGGCGGGACUUCGGCGCCAUAGCAGACCCGACGAACAAGCUGUUCCAGACAUACAACCAUCUCUUCAGGCCUUCGCGCCAGGCACGCUUUCUGGCCACAUUGGGCCUCAUCCUUCCGGCGUGGUUUGUCACCCGGCUGCCGGUGCGGCGCAACGAGGACGUGCAGGAGGCGGCCAAGGUGAUCCGCUCGGUGUGCUUCGACCUGAUCCGCGAGAAGAAGGAGAAGCUGGCGCGCAAGGAGCUGACGGACGUGGACAUCCUGUCGGUGGCGCUCGAGAGCGGCGGCUUCAGCGAGGACAACCUGGUGGACCAGCUGAUGACGUUCCUGGCCGCGGGCCACGAGACGACGGCCAGCAGCAUGACGUGGGCCAUAUACAUGCUGUGCCUGCACCCGGGCGUGCAGGCGCGGCUGCGGCAGGAGAUCAGGGAGCGGCUUCCGUCCAUCGAUGACGGCGGCGCCAGCAUCUCCAGCCUCGACAUUGACCACAUGCCCUACCUCAACGCUGUGUGCUCCGAGGUCCUGCGGUACUUCUCCCCGGUGCCCAUGACGCUGCGCGAGGCUGCCGUCGACACCACCAUUCAGGGCCGGCGUGUCCCCAAGGGCACACGCAUUGUCAUCUCCCCAGCCGCCACGAACAAGGACACCGCCCUAUGGGGUACCGACGCCACCAAGUUCAACCCUGACAGGUGGAUGCCCAAGCACGACGGCGACAAGAGUGCGGCAUCCGGCGGCUCGAGUAGCAACUAUGCCUUCAUGACCUUCCUGCAUGGUCCUAGGAGCUGCAUCGGCAUGAACUUUGCCAGGGCCGAGUUCGCGUGCUUGCUAGCGGCCUGGGUAGGCCGAAUGGAAUUUGAGCUGAGGGACAAGGCGGAGAUGGACGAGAAGAACAUGGAAAUUAAAGCGGGUGUGACGUCUAGGCCGGCAAAGGGCCUGUGGGUGAAGGCGACAGUGCUGGAGGGAUGGUGA